CGGGUUUGUCGUGGCGUGGCGUCGUCGAUCAACAGUGUUCUCGUGCGCUUCCCAUGCACGUCGUCCACCACCUCCGUUGCCGCGCUGUGCCAUGGGCAUUGGUUAGCCGACAUCUGCAUGGUCUCGCGGGUGGUAGGUAUGUGGCGGAUGCGCAACCCCUGUGGGGACGUGGUCAGUGUGUUGGAGUACCGCUUCACAAUUCCAUCUCCUCCAUCCGCCGAACAUUGUCCCUCCACGCGCCAUCCCCUGGUGCAGUGGAAGUUAGGAGCGUUGUGCGUGCUGUUCGUCCGAACAUCACCAGUGUCGUCGGUAGAAAGUUCGUGCCCGAAGGGAACAACAUCUCACAUGCAAUUCAACGUUGUGGCGGUAUAGGGCGAAUUGUGGAGGGAGGGUUGACAGACCGGGACGUGGCUGUUGCGGCGAGGGUUUAUGCACGACCAUACGUCGCACACCCACCACGAUUGACUGCUGCGCAAGAUGGUGUUUUGGGUGGUGGCAGGGCUUGUCCAUGUCGGUGCCUGCGAGAUUCAACCGGCACGACGGUGAUCAUCAUCGACGUCGACAACCGUGAGAGGGGGUUGGUUGGUUCCCACAUGUUCCUCUGGGGAUUGUUUGUCAUUGUGUCCGUGUUUGUUGUGUUCGCCGUCGUUGUUCUCCUUUGUUUGGGCGCUGUAGUGGUCGCUUUCCUUGCCACGCGUCGUGCGUCCGCGGGUGGCCAGAAAAGGAAAGGGGGCAGCUCACCACGACCGUGGAAGAAGAACAGCCCUUGGUCUUUGGAGGAGAGAUUGGAACUCGCGAAGUUCGCCGGCGAGGACGACGCCCUUACGGCUGACGCCGAAGGUUCUCAGGCGUGCAUGACGAGGUCGAAAAGAUGGGAGUGGGUUGCAGGAAGGCUUGGAGAAAUCGGUUACUCGAGGUCAGCGGAGGACUGCAGGAAGAAAUGGGCGGAGAUGGUGAAGAAGGUGAGGGAGAUCCGGGAUGCAUGCGAAGGGUCGGGGAAACAAGUGUAUUGGGACACCACCACGGAACAAUGGAGGAAGCUAGGGUUGAGCUUGACGUUCGAGCGACAAUUGUGGGACACUAUGGAGUGGUAUCGGUUGAAGAAGUCAGUGACGUGUGACAACACACUGGCUUCGGAAGAUUUGAGAGGAGGUGGAUCACCGAGUGGCGGCGAGGCGGGUUCGGAGGGUGCUGAGACGAACGCUUCAGACACCACCACGAAGACACGCCGUACCUCAAGCGGGAAAGCCCGGAGGGGGGAUUCUCCAGCGUCGAUGUACAGCAUGACAUCGGUGAUGGAGGAGUCCACGAGGGCCUUGUGUGAGGGUUUGGAGAGGGCUGCCAACACAUUGGCUCGUGUGUCGACGGAUGGAUCGAGGAUGGUUGCGACAGAGAUCGAGGCUGUCGUCGGGGCGAUGCGGCAGGGCAAUGCUGUUUUGGAAAUGCUCGUCGGGGUUAUGGCGGAGAGGGGUGCAGGGAGUGGUCGGGGAGUGGGCGGUAGCCGUGAUACGGACCCCUCGACAACGUAGGGACCGACCCGGGCCGACGCGGCUUCCAAUUCCGAUCCGCCAGCGAAAGUACGGAGAAAAAAAUAAUAGGGAAAAUGAAAUAAAAAAAUUAGAAAACG